AUGGGAGUUGGAUGCUGGAGGAACCCUCUGUUGCUGUUGGCUGCCCUGGUCCUGGAAGCCAGACUAGGUCAUUUUCAAAGGUGGGAAGGCUUCCAGGAGAAGUCCAUGAGCAAGACAAACAUGAAUUCAACACUCCAAUUCUUCAUGGAAACCUACAACAAUGCUAGCAAUGACACCUACUUAUUUCAAGUCGACAAGCUACUUCGAAGUCAGAUGCAGCUCACGACUGGAGUGGAGUAUAUGGUAACUGUGAAAAUUAGCCGGACCAAAUGCAAGAGGAAUAGCACAAGUAAUUCAUGCCCCAUUCAAAGCAAAAAGAAGCUGAAAAAGAGUUUCAUUUGUGAUUUUUUGGUGUACACUGUGCCCUGGAUGAACUAUUACCAACUCUGGAACAACUCUUGUCUGGAGGCUUGA